GGGUGGAGGGGGGCGGACAAUAGUUAUGGGCUUUUAAAUAACUAAUGACCCCCGGCAUAUAGGCUUUUUAAGCAGUUUUUUUUUUAGUUUCACGAUCACGGGAAGUAUAUGCUUUUUAAAAAACAGCGAUAUUUCACUAACAACCUAAUCUUAGAAAUGAUACCGAAAGCGGGAGGCAGGGCUAAGGGGAAAUGCUCAAACGCCAGCAGACAAGCGAGACAAAAAUAGCUAAGUUACUUGGAAAUAGUCAAUACAACUGUGAACCUAACUGUAGCUUUGAAUCGUUGCGGCAAUAAACGGAGCUGCAGAGGAGCAGACCUACAACAUCCGGGCCACAGUCAGCUUGCGCAGAAACGGAAUGGCGGAGGUGGGUGAAAAGCCCCGGAAGAUAAGUGCGGAGGUUGUUGCCUAGUGGAGAGCGGGUGAGGUACGGUGAUGAAGGCCCUCGGCAGGAGAAGAAGUCUUAACAGGCCUUAGAGGAGGAGGAGAACUUUUGCCCCAUGAAGAUGGCAGCACAGUCCCAAACUACCAGUGAGCUUCCUUUGGAGGAGCUGCUGGCUCUCUACGGCUACACAGUGUCCGAUCCACAGAAGGAGACCUGUCACAUGGCUGCCAGCCUGCCAGAUAUGACACUGGACAAGGAUCAGAUAACUGAGGAUCUCUUUCCUGGGGAGGAGGAAGGGGAAUCGUCAGCUGAUGAUCUCACCCCCUCAGUCACCUCAAACACCUCAGAUCUGCUCUGCCGCCUCCAAGGCGGUGACAAAGACACAUUAGUCAGCUCAUCUGAUGACGACUCAGACGAUGUCUCUAUUCCCUCCAAUGAAGAGCACAAGGAGAUCAUGGUUGGCUCAAUGUACCAGGCAAAAAUCCCUCCACUUGGUUCAUACAUGUACCAGGAAAGAGCCUACAGUAGUGAGGACCAGUUGCUGUGGACACCAAGUGUUCUGCCAGUAGAGGAAGUUGAAGAGUUCUUGCUGUAUGCACAGAGACCUCGUGGCCAAGAAGGAGCAACAUGCAAUCAAAUACAAGGACACACAGUCCGAGACAAUGAACAGGCACUGUAUGAACUAGUGAAAUGCAACUUCAAUGCAGAAGAGGCACUCAGACGAUUAAGCUUCAAUGUGAAAGUGUUUAGUGAAGAGCUGUGUGCCUGGAGUGAAGAGGAGUGUAGGAACUUUGAGCACGGCUAUCGAGUUUACGGGAAAAACUUCCACCUCAUUCAGGCUAAUAAGGUACGAACGCGCUCGGUUGGGGAGUGUGUGGAGUAUUACUACAUGUGGAAAAAGUCUGAACGACAUGAGUACUUUACCCAGCAGGCCACCAGGGUCAGCCGCAAGAAGUACAGCCUGCAAUCAGGGACCAUGGAGGAUGGAGACCAGGAUGGGGAGGUUGGGGACCUGGAGGGAAGCAGCAAUUCUUCAGGCUUGUUGUCUCACAGCUCCAUGGGCACUGGGCAGCUGGAGUCCCCUUUACCUCCACAGUCGAGCCUGGACCUGGACAAACAAGAGAAUGAGCUGGCGAUGGGGCUGUCAGACUUGUGCGGCGACGGAUGUCCUCAGCAGCUAUUUGGCUGUCCAUUCUCUCUCCCUCCCAUGGACGACCUGGAGGACCCCGGCUCAGGCAGUUGUGUCUCAGCUCCUGUUCAACUCCAGUCCCAGCCCUCCCCACAGAGCUCCCAGUGGGCCAGAGAGAGCCCUCUGUCCUGCCAUGAUGACCAUCACCUCCCGGACUCCUGCUUCUACCAGCUACACAUGCGUGGUGGACCUUUUGUAUCCGAUGGCCCUGACUGUGGUGCAGCAGGUGGUGAGACUGGCUCCCCUCAUGGUCUGCAGGUGGAAUUCAGCCUGUCACCGUCUGCCUCACCUCCCUUAUCUGCUGUCCUCCCAUCACACUUCCAGGCAUUUGGCAGCCUGCUGCCCCCCUCUCCCGUCCAGCAUCCCCACUCUCUCACACAGUGAAGGGGAAAAAUCAUGGUUCGCCUUGUGUGGGGAUCUUUGAUCGACUUUGGUAUUUACACCAGGCUUGAAGAAACCAGGACGAAAAGUGCAUUUACCUAACAUUGUGAAAAAGGAUUGGACCUAUUAACUGUGUUCGGGGGGUUUUAUGUCUCUCUGAACCCUCUUUUUAAACUGAGACACUUGAGCCCUCUGCCCAUUGUGGAAUGAUAAGUGUUAAUCACCACUUUCAUGUGUUGAUUGUGUGUUUAUCAACAGUUUAUUACCAUAAUCUAUACCAGCGCAAUGCUAUUGAUUGGCCAUAAGUAAUACAUACCUGAGAGAGCUGCUGUGUUCUCGCAUACAAACCAAAUAAAAAGGAUAGCAGCCUGUUUGUUCUACAAUAGAUCAGUGAUUGAUAGCGUUAGCCACAGUUGGGAUGGAAAAACUUUAAAUCCAGCAAGAGCCAAUUGAGUGAGAUGAUUGCUGGACAUCCACAGAAUAAAAUUUGCCCUUUCAAACAAUAUAGAACAUUUAAACAUUAAGUCUCUAACUUGCUAUCCCGUUUCAGUUCCACACGUCUGUUAUGUUGUCACUUCCUGCCUCCUCCUCUCCACCUGUCUGACAACUUUUGACAGAAAAGUCAACUUUCUCAGCAAUUUGUUUGAAUGUGAUGAGCUGAAACUGAAUGACAUUUUCUAAGCUUACGAUUUGAACUGUUUUCCAUCCUUGUUUACAUAGAGAUUUAUGAAGGAGCAGUGCUUUGUCAUCGUCUCUCACCAUCUUUUUCUAUCAUGUUGAAUAUUUUCGGUAUCAUUAAGAACGUGCUGAAUGGGCAUAAAUUAAAAUAAUAAUGUAAAUGUAAAAUGUACAUGUGAACAUAAGUACGUCACUGAAUGCAAACCCUUUUUUUCUCAGGUUCUGCAAUUUUGAUCUCAAAGAUCGUUAAUCAGUGAGAGUCAGUCACUCUGGACAGGUGUCAUGCAUACAGACCAGAUAGAAAAAUGAUUGUUUGUUAAAAGUUUAACUGGAUUAAGAUGGUUUUUCAGUGCGGUAAAAACACAUGUUAUGAUCACUGUUAGAUCAUCAACAGUUCUGGCACCUCCUGUCUUACCUCUCCAAGUAACGUCCAGGUAAAUUAGUAAAGGUGUGAACAAAGGUACAAAAGUGAUAUUUUUGUGCGACAGAUCCAAACUCCGUCAUAGAUUAAACCAAUCUCUUUUUCCUCUGAAAUGUUUCCUUCUCUGACCUCUGUCAGACAUAAUUCAAUAAAUUGAUGUCACAGAUGCAUUAACACUUCUAAUAAUAAUUAUUAAGAAGAUUCUCAACUUUUUCAUCCCAAAAUUAUUAAAAUUUUAAGAGCAACAAGCUGUUUAAUAUUCUCAUUUGUAUCAUCUCAUUGUAUUUCAGGGCCUUCAAAUGAGUUAGUGGCGACAUAAUUAUAUGGUUUAAAUCUACAGAAAGAGAGAAUCUGCCAGUUCAAUGCAGAUAAAAUCUGUGAAUGAGAAUAACGGAUUCUUAUUUGCAGUAAAUAGCAUUUGAUUAUUUAAAAUGGUGUAGGCUAGAAUAAAUGGAUGAACUUCAAGAUGCCUCCUAUAGGAACAGUUUGUGUGCUCAUUCAUAAAUACAUAGUUGGUGUUUUCUUCCACAUGUUCAUAUAUUUUAGUCACACUGUCUCUCAGAGGUAAAGGAAAAGUUACAGAGAAAGGUUUUAGUCCCGCGUUCUUCCCUGUCUGGCCUUCUAUUUAUUCUCUGCUUCUGUCUGUAAAUGUGGGAGCUCUUCCUGUGUUCCCUGUUAAAAGCCAGACUAGUUUCAGAUCAAUUUUUGUUUUGUCUUUGACUGUUUACAUGAGGGGAGUUCAGGACAAGACCAUGAAGGCAGGAAAAGGCACUGAAUCACUGCCUUUUGUUAAUUCUGUAUUUUUACUCUUAUUUUUAGCAAUUUAUAUAUUGUACUGCUUCUGUUAUGUUUGUUUAUGAUUAUUAUAUUUUGUAAAAAAUAAACAUGGGUGAAAUAUUAAAAUGAA